AUGUCCCCAUCAAUUUUCUCACCCGUCACCGAGAAGGUGUCAGCAGCCUUAUGCUCACACGACCCCCUCUGCUUCGCAGCCAAACCUGAAGUCCGAUCAGAGAUGACUCGACCAGCUGCUUCGAGACUGUUUUAUAUUUCAAACUGGAAGCUCGGCACCCUAUCGACGUGCGAGGAACCAAAUUUACGGAAACUUCUGGGGCACCUCUCAGUGUACGACCAGGUCCGAGAAUUCCCUCAAACGCAACAAAUACAAUCUUCAGAGGAGACCCCAAGACCCAACGAGUUGUCAACAUAUCUCCAACACCCGGUUCCUUCCUUCAGGGAAUUCCAGGCUGCCAUUGAAGUUCAGCUCGCCACAAUAGCACACAUCUCAGCCGCUGCGGCCCAACUCAAUGUUGAAGAGUAUAGCAGUGACGAAGAAGAGGAUGAUGACGACUGUGACAGCAACGAUGGUGAAUGGAGUGAUGAAGAUACGGCGGCUGAAAGCGAUGACAGCUUCACCGACUAUGACAGUGUGGAAGGCCAACGGUCACAAUGCAGUAGCCCAACAUCGUGUCCAGACGAUAAAGGAGGUGAAGAGGGAGACCUGUGGGCCAUACGGCCAUUGACUCCCUUCAUGAAUAACCGGCAGGUUGAUGUCGGCUAG